AUGCCUGCACUACCGUACGAAUCGUCCUCUGUUGACUUGAGCUUCUCCCUCCUUGCGCGACAGAAUGCGCAGCCCCAGCCCACGCAAACCCAGCAACUGCUCACGCCUAACCAUACCCAGGUGGUUACACUCGUAGUCGCGAGCGUGUACGUCGUCGUAAUCGCGAUACUAUGGCACAUCCCCAUCCUGAGCUGGCUGUUGUACCCAUUCAAGCUGCUCACAGUCGGCUUCCACGAGAUGUCACACGCGAUCGCCGGCCUUCUCACCUGCGCCAAGAUCCACUCGAUAGAGCUCGACCCAGACGAAGGCGGGGCGACCCAAAUGUCCGGGGGGGUGUCGUGGAUCACCCUCCCCGCCGGGUACCUAGGUUCAUCCUUCAUCGGUGGAUGCCUCAUCGCCUGCGGGUUCGACAUUGUCGCUAGCAAGAUCGCCUGUCUUGUCCUGGCUGUGUUCUUCCUCUUCACGCUCUGGUGGGCGAGGAGGAACUGGCUGAGCUGGAUCCUUAUCAUCGGCAUGAGCGGGCUGAUAGUCCUCUUCUGGCUCGUGCACAACAGCGUUGCGCUGAGGUUCUUUGUCCUCUUUAUCGGCGUGAUGAGCUGUAUGUACGUUCUAUGGGACGUGAUAGACGAUACUAUCGCACGAAAGGUGAACACCUCGGACGCGUCGCAGUUCGCGCACGUCUGUGGCUGCUGUCCUUCCCAAGUGUGGGGCUUCUUCUGGCUGCUCAUCGCUUUCCUCUUCUUUGCGGCUGCGAUCAUCAUCGGUAUCGUCGCUUUCAAAGAGGAUGACGCGCAGCAACAGUCAGCGGCAGGGACGUUCCUCCCCUCCCCGUUCCAUUAAUCUCUGGUCUAAGCAGACUGAGGACUGAAGGACUUGGUUUAUUUGCUCCUGAUGGACCACACGAUGUACAUAGGUCAUACCUUCAGUAUUGUACCCCUAAUGUAGCAUACCCUUCGCCAUGCACUGAGGGCGCAGCACUCCCUUGCACAAGCCAGGCAUCAUGUAGCUAGAUAGACGGACUAUAUAUACACGGCUAGUCGACGUUAGGGCAUGUGUACGUGACGAAUAAACGUUGGAGACAACGUCCGGUGUUACGGUUGAGACGAGAACAAGCUGAGAAAAACAGAGGUAGUGUACAUCCUUUCACAACGCUCAUGUCCACAACUCACAAGCUCUCGCGGAACCUCGUCCCUCCUGCGAACUUGCCACUUACAUCGCUCUUCCUCUUCUCCUCUCCCUCCUUCCCCGCAUUCUCUACCAUCUCAUACUCUCCCUUCACCUCCCCCACGACCGGACUCGGCUGCCCGACGGGACUGACGAGUUCUUCCCUACUCGCCGAGAACCCCUCUUUCCACCCUUCGGGCGGGGCGAGCCUUAUCGUGCUAGCGCUGCUAAACGCGCCCGCCGAGUCCGAAGCAAGGUACGGUCCUUGCCCCUUCCUCCCUCCCUCAAGCUCGAUCCCGUCGUCGUACCCCUUCGACCCUUCGCCAGUCUGGAUCCACCCGCGCUUUGCCGCUUUUUGCCCAAACAACCCGCUUUCCCCUGGUUUUGGGAAAGACGUGUGAGCAUCGUACGCCGCCCCGAGGCCGGAGGAGGGACGAGGCGCGUCUGAACGACGUUUUUCGCGUUGACGCCGACGCCGACGGAGGAACCACCAGAUCCCGAGGCAGGUGAGGAUGACGAGGAUCCCCAGACCGACUAUGAGGCCGAUGAAGCCGCCCUCGGAGCCUGCGACGGUUGGUACGCCGUUAUGGUAGUUUGAGUUUGGGGGUGUUGUGGGUAUGGUUGCGGGAUCGUCUGUUACUGGGUUUUGGCCACCGCCACGGGGAACGUGUACUGGUGUUGGGGUUGCAUGUACGCUGGCGAGCAUAGGGAGGACAGCUAGUAGGCGACCAGCGCGUGGAGAACGUCGUGAUGGUAUCAUGCUGUCCCUCCUUUCGGUGUCGUCGCGUCCUCACUAACUUGUCCCCCAAGAGGUGGUGGUUGAGAAGAGAAAGAAAGUGAAUCCUAAAUUAGUAGCAAGAAU